CCCCCCCCCUCGUCCCCUCUGUCAUCAGCCCACCCUGUUAUGGCUCGGGGAAACCUCAGCGUGCCGGCCCACCGAGAGUGAGCCUUGUUCCCCCGCGGACCACAUGCUCAGAGCGCAGGAGAACCCGUAGCGCUCGAGGAACACUGACUUACUUACGAGUACCGAGUUUUGAAAGGAGAGAUUGACGCAUCCGGGGGGGCUAUUCAUGAGAGACCCACAGUGUGGGACAGCUGUCGUUAUUGUGUUGCUCUUGCGUAACGGAUGCCCAUUCUCUGACUCCCCUCUACCUCCCGACCUUUGUCCUCCUUCUCCACCGCCGUGCCACCAAACAUGUUCAACACCACUCUGCCUGCGGGGAACAUCACCCAGCGUUGGGGCGAGGGCACCCCUCCGUGGGCUGUGAGCAACAGCAGCCUGUUGCCGGACAACGGCACGGCCGACUGUGUGAAGAACGAUCAGUUCAAGUACCCGCUGUACAGCGUCGUGUUCAGCAUAGUGUUCGUGGUGGGCCUGCUCACCAACGUGGUCGCCAUGUACAUCUUCACGUGCUCCCUGAAGCUGAGGAACGAGACCACCACCUACAUGAUGAACCUGGUGGUGUCCGACCUGCUCUUCGUCCUCACCCUCCCGCUGCGGGUGUACUACUUCAUCAACAAGAACUGGCCCUUUAAGAGCGUGCUCUGCAAGCUCUCCGUCUCGCUGUUCUACACCAACAUGUACGGCAGCAUCUUCUUCCUCACCUGCAUCAGCGUGGACCGCUUCCUGGCCAUCGUGUACCCGCUGCGCUCGCGGUGGCUGAGGACCAAGCGCAACGCCAAGAUCGUGUGCGUGGCGGUGUGGGUGCUGGUGCUGGCCGGGAGCCUCCCCACGGGCUUCAAGUUGGAGUCCACGUCCAGGCAGGACAACCACAUAGCCUGUUUCGAGAACUUCUCGUCCAAACAGUGGAAGUCACACCUGUCCAAGAUGGUGAUCUUCAUCGAGACGGUGGGCUUCUUGAUCCCGCUGCUGCUCAACGUGGUGUGCUCCGUCAUGGUCCUGCGGACCCUGCGCCAGCCGCAAGCGCUCAGCCAGGGCAGCAAGCUGAACAAGACGAAGAUCCUGCUGAUGAUCGUCGUGCACCUGUCCAUCUUCUGCUUCUGCUUCAUCCCGUACAACGUCAACCUGGUGUUCUACGCACUCGUCCGCACCAAGACGCUGCCGGGCUGCCCGGCGGAGUCAGUGGUGCGGACGAUAUACCCCAUCGCCCUGUGCCUGGCCGUGUCCAACUGCUGCUUCGACCCCAUCGUCUACUACUUCACCUCGGAGACCAUCCAGAACUCCAUGAAGAGGAAGUCCCAGGUCGGCCGCUCCUACGACAUCAAGUUCUCAGAGGCCCUGCAGUCCGAGUCCAGCUCGGCCCUCCAGUGCAGCCUGCGCAGCCUGAAGGCCAAGGUGUUCCACAACGAGUCUUCCGUUUGAAAUAUUGCUGUUUUGACGCCAUUGCAAAAGGUCAACCUGGGCUCUGCUUAAUGUCGGAGCCCCGUCGUAGCCCCUCCUUCCAAAGAAGUAUUCGGACAUUAACUCUUCCUCUCAGGACGAAAGCACUGACUUUUGAUCGGUUCUGCAACGCAUGGAUCCAUGUUUUGACAAGGGACUCCUUAACUUCCACAGUGGAUCUGAGUGUAAACGACCACUUGAUAACAUGAAUCCCAGCUUGUUGAAUAAUAUAGAAAGAUGGAAUAAUAUGGCGAAUGAGAGUGUUAUGUCACUCAUGCAGUGUCCUGUAUGAGUGCAACGUGUAUAAAUGUGUACAUUUGUAAGUGAUGAGGCUAACUGAAAUAGUAUUUCUUAAGUUAACAUUAAUUAAUGUCAUGUUACGGUCUGACAUUAGUCUGGGUUCAUAUGCCGAGGCUUGUAUGUGGAACCCAUUAUGGGGCAUUUUGUUGUUUAUUGGAUGUCAUAUGUUUUUGGCGGAUUAAUGCACUGACAUAAAAAUGGAAAAUACUGCACUCAUGCCACUGGAAUGAAUUAAAUUCAUGUUCUGUCUAAACACAAACCAGGUCUAUGUAAAUCAUCCGCUAGUUAUGGAAAUUACAUUUGGUUAGGUAUUGACUUGCCAUGUCAUCGGGAUGGACUUAAGUCUCAUGCUACCGAACAACAAUCAACACCCCUUUAUGAGGAAGGAGACCUAUUUCCUACUCUUGUGUAAUUUAGCACUGGUUUUCAUUGUUUACAGUGAAUUAUGAUAGAUACAUGUCAUUAAGGGGCAGCUAGGGGUUUGGGCAUCUUGCUCGCGGAUGCCUACUAGUAGAUAGGAGAGAUUGGGGUUUGAGGCCAGAACUUUGUUAUUUCUAGUUAUCCAAAGUACGGUGUCCCUGCUCAACGAUCUUCUUAUUCUCCUUCAACUCUUCCAAAGGAAGUCAAAACAUGAGUCAGAGAGGAGAGGGAUGGGCAUGAAGUGAAUGUUGUGGUAGAGGGUGAAUACAGAAAUGGAAGUGAAAGCAGGACCGUCUUUUGCAGAGAGCAGUGUCUGGCUUCCUUUCUGUCUGUUGAGCCAGGCAGGGUUCUUGAACCAGCGGGAGAUUGACAAGCGGGAGAUGAACUAGCGGUGGAUGGCCACGGAAACGCCAAACUGACUGGUUUCCCUGCCCUGGUGGUCCCUUAAAUAUGUUCUAAUAUUCCCAAAAACUAGACCUGUAGAGAGCUUACAGAAAUAUAUUUUCACAUGUUUAAAAAUAACACCCUUAAAUACAUUGUAGAAUGGUGGUGGAUGAUGGAGAUUUUAUCAGACAAAUUAUGAACAGCGUAUACGAGAAACGGCAUACUUUCCUUACUACUACUUCCCCUACUACUCCGACUACCACCACUAACACUACUUCUACUAGUACAACUACAGCAGCAGACAUGAUGAGUACCUUAACACCCAAGGCAAGUCUCCAGAAUGAUGCCCCAGUGACCCCGGGUGACCCCCCUCCCCUGCUGACAAAACAAACAGCACUUGACGGCUUUCUUCUCCACAGAGCCCCGACUUCUAGACGAGGGCAGUCAGUGAAAACCAAAAUAAACGACACUAAAGUGCACCUUCGGAGAAGGAAGGGGAUCCUUUUUGUGUCGUUGCGCCACAAAAAGGAAAAAAAAAAAACGCUGCCAGGAAUCAACGUACAAACACACCAAUCUGCUUUUCACCCCAAACCCAAGCAUCAGAUGUAAACAUCAGUUGCCAGUUACAGGCACAGGGAAAUUGUGGGCAGCGCUCUUUGCAUGUUUGUGGUAAAGAU